ACCUCGUUGAAAGAAAAAACCCAUUUCAAGGCGGGAUUGUCGAUAAAAGGAAUAUUUCCGAAACUAGAUUUAAAUCUGCGACAUUAGUAAUAACGAAUAUGUGGAACGUGAACCGAUUAGUACUAAGUUUUAGCGUCUUAGUAAUACUAACUAAUGGACAAAGAGCGUACGAACGCCCAAACAAGAUAAAUGUGGCUCUCUACUUUGAAUCCCUUUGCCCGGACAGCCAAAAUUUCCUCAUUAAUCAACUAUACCCGACCUGGAACACCAUCAAGGACUACGUGAAUAUCCGGUUUAUCCCAUUUGGAAAAAGCGCCAGUAAAGAAAAUGGGCAAAAAUUCACUUGCCAACACGGCUCCCAAGAAUGUAAAGGCAACCGCAUUAUGUCGUGCGCCUUAACCAGAAUACCCAGCCAAGACUUGCAGGUUGAAUACCUAAGAUGCUUUAUGGAUGAAUAUAAAUUUGCAAUAUUCGGUGCAAAUGAAAAUGGGCAAAAGUGCGCCCGGUUGGUUAACGUGGACUUUGAGGAAAUGAUGAGUAAAUGCUACCAAACAAGAGAAGGAACUGACUUGCAGCUGCAAGCUGAAGCCGAUACCAGCGCAGUUCGGCCAAAAUUCGUCCCAACAAUCGUCUAUAACGAGGCAUUUGACCAACAACUUCAAGACGAAAGCGUCCAGAACUUCAGGCAAACAGUGUGCAAACUCGUUCGUCUUUACAAUAUUGGAAACUGUACUUAAUAUGCGAAUAAACCUGUAAACUGUUAUUAAAUUGUUUAUUGUAA